AUGCUGAUUGUAAUCGAUCUGAGAGAGAUUGGAUAUUUUGGCAAGAAAAUGAUAAGGAGGAAUUCUAGGGAAUUGACUUCUGAGGUACAAGUUGAAAAGCCUAAUGAUGGAUCCCAUCACACUUAUUCAUCUGCUACCCAGAAGCAGCUUCAAUUUAUAAAAGGAGCACAUAUUGAGGGGCGAGAUUUCAAUGGAAAGUGGUACCCAUGCAAGGUACUACAAAUUGAUGAGGUGAACCAGUCUGUGUUGAUCCAUUUUGAAUAUUGGUCUCAAAGAUUUGACAAGUGGAUCACCAUGAGCUCUAAAGACCUUCGUCCAUUGAGCAAGGGAGCAGCAAUGAAGUCCAGGUCCAUGUCUAGAUCCUCUGCAUCUUCCUUACCAGACACUUUAUUCAAGGUUGGAGACAAGGUUUUAGCAAAGUGGUUUGACCAAAAAGGGUAUGCAGCCAAGAUUUUGGAAGUUCUGGAAGGGGACAUGUAUCGAGUGGUCUUCUUUGAUGGAUUUCAGAAGGAAGUGCGAGGGAAAACCCUACGACCUCUCCCCAAAGAUAUGGCAAAAGUGAAAUUCUCUAAGGAACCAGUGUUGGCACCACAUCUCCCAAGUCUGUUUGCAGAGCCAGAAUCUGAGGCAUUAGACAAGGAGAGUCGACGAGAGAAGAGUCGUAAACUGGUUCUCUCUGAGGUUUUUGUGAGCAGACGUAGGUCCUUUGCCAAUACUGAUGCUGAGAGUCCUGCAGAAGCCCAUACUCCUAAUAAAGGCAAUGCUCGGCUUGUCAAGACUAUCUCAGAUCCACCAGAGAAAAGUGAGAAGAAGGAACGAUCACGGGGGAAAAGUGAAGGAACUUCUCCAGCUUCCCCAAAGCCACGUUCGAAGCAUUCUUCUGGAUCAUCCCUAAUGAGUGGGGAAUCCAUAGAAAGCAUUUCAGAUGUCCCACAUCAUCGUUCACGGACACGACGAUCUGGACGUGUCAUUGGAGGACGUGCAUUGACUUCUCGCUCAAAGUCCAUUGGGAAUGGUGACUCAGAAAACAUGUCUCUGGUACAAGAUGAUCCAGAUAAUGUGAAUGAUGCAAGUACUAUAACAGAUGCAAACCUUGCCUCAUCUUCCCCCAAUGAGGCUAAGAAGAGGUCCUAUCCAGAAGAUGAACAAGAAGAGUCCAGAAGCCCCUCAUUAAAUACUGAUACUGGAAUUGGAGAAAGAGUGGGAGAGACGAUAAAGUUGAUGGAAUUGGCAGCAGACCCUGUGCAUUUGAGUGUCAUCUUACCCAUUCCCCAACAAGAGGCCCAAAGAGGAAGUGGAGAUAUAGUGAAGAGGCGGCGUGCAGCACCUCUACCUUCUAUGCAGGAAAUGGAAGAUGCUCUCACAGAUCACAAUCCUUUCCAGUGCCCUAAGGCUGGUUGCAGCAAGGGUUUCCGUAAGGAAAAUCUGCUUCAGAUGCACAUCAAACAUUACCAUCCUGAAUAUGAGCAUAUAGUUCAUGCCCCGAGUGUGAUCGACCUAGCCCUGAAUCGAGGUGGGAGUGGGAUACCCUUGGAAGGGUCUCCUUCUUAUCUGAAGAAGAUUGCACGCCUUGAGGCAAAGAAGGCCCAGUUAAUCUCUGCCCCAACGGACAUCCCACAACCUGUAACCACAUCAAUUACUGUUUUGCCUGAAUCAAAGAAAGUGGAGGCGGUGGUGGAGGUAGCUGGGGGCCACAUGGAAUACCCACAGCCAACUGAGGUUAAUGUGUCAUCAUCUUUGGUAGAGAAAGCAGAAGGAAAGGAUGAAGAGAAGAAAGUACCCAUUAAGGAAAAUGAGGAAGGAGGGGAAGGGCAACAGGAGAUACAAGAAGAGGAGAGAUUGGAGGAUGUGUGGAAUUAUGACAUCAUCAUGUGUUCAUGUGGGAACAAUGCUGAUGAUGGUCUAAUGGUCCAGUGUGAGCGGUGCACAACUUGGCAGCAUGGAGCAUGUGUCGGCUACAAGACAUCAGGUCAAGUGCCAGAGGAGUACCUCUGUCCUAGGUGUUGCAAUCCUCUUCAUCAGAGGCAUUCAACCAAGUACUGGACACCUCAUGAGGAACUUGUCAAUUAUUUCACUGGUCACAAGCAGUUGGUCAUCAGCAGCAACAAAGUCUUUGAAACCCAGUUCUGCAGGGAUCUCUGA